AUGAGUUCUGAAAUAAAUGAUCAAAUAAAGAUAAGUUAUUUAAAGUGUUUGACAGAGAAUCCAACAUAAUUCAUCCCAAACCCAUUCAUUUAUCCUGCUCUUGAUUCAUCAACUGAAAAUCAGGAAUAUCAAUUCUCAGAGUCAUUCCAAUUCUCAUUUUAGCAAAACUGA